CAGCACAAAACUGUGCACUUGUGUAACCGCUAUUAGAAGUCAAAUCAUGACUUCGUGCCGCUUGCGAUCGUGUGGCCGCUUCUAUCUGGCCCUAGUGUUCGCGAUUUUGCGAAACGCGUGACGUGCCUUGACAGUACCGAUGCGGACAAGAGUAUUAUUACCGAUCAUUCAGUGCAGACGACAAUGUCUGGAAGCAGCGAUUCUGAAGAAUUUUUUGAUGCAGAGGAUGAUACUUUUCAUCAUAGUGCACGAAAGAGUAAACAACGUGAUUCUAUCAGCAUUGAAAUACAAAAUAAGGAUACAUCAGAAUCUACUACAAAAGUGGAUGAUGAUGUUUUUGUGAAACCUGCUCAACCUAAACCAAUUGUAGAACCAAAGGAACAUGUAACAAUAGAAUGUAUAGUUAAUAAAGAUAAGAAUGAGGAAGAUGGAAAAGAGUCAAGUGCAGAUAAAAAUAUAGGCAGAAGAAGGUUUCGUGAACUUAGACAACGUAUGCAAACAGAAGAUGAUGACAUUCAAAUUAACAGUUCCCCUCCAGAUAGUCAAACAUCAUCUAUCGAGGGUGUUUAUCCCACUCCUUCAAAGACAACUCAUCCAUUUAGGAUCAUAGAACACGAUACUCUUAGUUUACAAAGUAUGACAUCUUUAGGACGAGUCGGUCGAAUCUUAGCUGGAGUUGGGGACAAUGUAUCUGCUACACUUGCACCAAAUGUAACCCAGUGUCCCUCUUCUGCCAUCCUUACCCGUGAAAGCCAGAUGUCCUCCAUUGCUAGUAUUCCAAGCAAAGACGAGGACACAGCAUCUGGUAAGGUGUCCCAGUCGUCCAGCAUCCUUACGUUGUCAGGGGAUAUCCUUCAGGAAUCCUCUGUUAACACUAGGUCCAAUUAUACUUCUCACUCACAAAAUGAUAAGACUGUUAUGCUUCAAGAACCUGACGUCAUCGCUAGUACAAAAACUAAUGGAAAGUCAAAUGAAGAUGUUACUAUGACUGGAAUACCUGUUGCACCACCAAGACGUAAAAAAAAGCCAAAAGUUCAAACACCCUCAGAUCUUGCACCUUCUACAACAGAAUCAGCAUUAUCCGCUUCGCCAUUACCAAGUCCAGCAAGUACUAUUGAAUCCAUUACAAGAGAAUUUGAACAUUCUCUUGAUAUACGAUCUGCAACAAAAGGACAAUACGUUGUUAAACCACAAGAUGAAGAUAAGUCAAAAGCUGAAGGCCCAUCAACUGAAGAAUUGGAAAGGGUAGAAAAAAUGAAAGCUGAAUUAAUGAGUGUGAGAUCCAGUGACAAAUCUAGUAGUCCAUUAGGAUCUAUGUCCAAUAACAGUAUUGGGCGUUAUUCUUUAGGUCCACAUAAAUUACCGGGUUUAAGCCCACAGGGUUCGAAAGAAAGACGAAAAUCAGCAGAUUCUGGAAAACGUCUAACAGAUAUGGAAAUUUUGGAACAAGUAACUGUUUUAAAUUUGGACACCGGAGAAAGGGUACCUCUGAGUAUAGCUGAAGAUAAAUUGCCACAGUGUAUCAAUCCGUUGUCACUUCAUAUUAUGAGACUUACUUCGGAGUAUAUAAGUAAUUCUAGCCUAGAAAAAGAAAAAGAAAGUGACGAAGAGAGUGUCGACAGUAAAAUGUCUAGUAUACCACCAGAUGAAGAUGUAUCCGUUGGUAGAGUUCGAAAAAAAACGCAAAAGUUAAAACGAUUUUUAGGAUCUACCGUGAAAAAAACAAUGGACAAAGCAAAAUCUAUUGCACAAGAAGUAUCACAUGCAAGGCAUAAAGAAGAUGUUAUGGAUAUAGUAGAUGAAGUAUAUCCUGGUGAACAGCAGUAUAUAAAACUAAAAGCGUCUAACAGUCAUAAAGGGCCGUAUGAAUUUAGUUGUUUACAGCAUGUUCAAGACUUGAGUGGAGAGCAUGUGGGUCCUGUUUGGUGUAUGAAAUUUUCAGUCUGCGGACGAUUACUCGCUACAGCUGGACAAGAUCGAGUUUUAAGAAUUUGGGUUCUACGCGAUGCUUUUGCCUAUUUUCAAGAUACCCGAACUAAAUACAACGCUGAAAAAGUUAGUCCAACUCCUUCCCAAGAAUCUUUGGUUUCUCAACAAUCCAUGGAGGAUCCUCAUGUUGUGGCUAGUGCCUUUAGUGAAAUAGAAGGAACGAAAAGUCCCUUUAUGCCAAAGCCAUUUUGUACUUAUACCGGACAUACCUCGGAUUUGCUCGACGUUUCAUGGUCUAAAAAUUAUUUUGUUUUAUCAUCAUCGAUGGAUAAAACUGUGCGACUUUGGCAUAUAUCACGAAAGGAAUGCUUAUGUUGUUUUCAACAUAUCGAUUUUGUUACAGCAAUAGUGUUUCAUCCCCGUGAUGAUCGUUAUUUUCUCUCAGGAUCUUUGGAUGGUAAACUUCGAUUGUGGAAUAUUCCGGAUAAGAAAGUAGCUGUAUGGAACGAAGUCGAUGGACAAACUAAAUUAAUUACCGCUGCGAAUUUUUGUCAAAAUGGGAAAUUUGCAGUGGUUGGUUCUUACGAUGGCCGAUGUAUAUUUUAUAAUACCGAUCAGUUGAAGUAUCAUACGCAAAUACACGUUCGAUCAACAAGAGGUAAAAAUUCAACGGGUAGAAAGAUUAGCGGUAUCGAACCUAUGCCAGGAGAAGAUAAGAUUUUAGUCACUUCGAAUGAUAGUCGUAUACGUUUGUAUGACUUACGUGAUUUAAAUUUAUCAUGCAAAUACAAAGGUUACGUUAACGUGAGUAGUCAAAUUAAAGCAAGCUUCAGUCCUGAUGGACAGUAUAUAGUUAGCGGAUCAGAAAAUCAAUGCAUUUACAUUUGGAAAACUCAUCACGAUUACUCUAAAUUUUCAAGCGUACGUAGAGAUCGAAAUGACUUUUGGGAGGGUAUAAAAGCUCAUAACGCCGUAGUGACAUGCGCAGUAUUUGCACCAAAUCCAGAUAGUAUUAUUAAACAAAUCGAAGAAAGAGAGCAGUGGGAAGGUAAGGAAGACGGAAAAAAUUUAGGUGGUUCAACCGUAGAUGUUCCUCCUGUUGAUCCUGUGGUCGAGCAGCGUACUAAAGGCUGUGGCGGACACGUCCUCGUGAGUGCAGAUUUCAAUGGCUAUAUAAAGGUUUUUCUAAAUAAGACGAAACCUAAGCACAGUUCCCUACCAGCAUCUGCUCUCGCGUAACACAACACUAGAUUGAUUUGUGCACUAUUGUUAAUACAAAAAAGAAAUAAUAAGAACACCAAUAUUAUAUACAAAUAUUUGUUUUACCACAGUGAAUUAUGUAGAACUCGCUGUAUGCUGUUUUUAAGGUAAAUACGAUUGUAUCGAAUACUUUCGAAAGCAGAAUAUUUUGAAAUGCAUGCCAAAAGGCUUACUUCACGAUAAGAAAGCUUCUAAGGUAUAGUUAAUAAUACUAAAAUAUGCAUAAAUUUGAUGCUCAGGCGAUAUUUUGGAUUAUUUUCUUGUUAAGUUAUAUAUGGAAAUCUUGCCGAAAUUAUAUUACGAAAUACAUAUGGUUAACAUGGAAUUGUUCGUUUCGAUUAUAUUUAUAAACAGAAAGAGCACCUUGGUGAAGAAACAAAGUAUAAAUACAAGCACGCAAGCGAUGGCCGAAUAGAAGAAUUUAACGAAUUGUAUAAAUUAUUGUGAACUUGUACUCGAUGAUCCAUCGUUAGGCAAAUGUUGGAUAGUAUCUAGAAAGUUUGAUGAAAAUCAAAUUGGAUUUUCAGAUCCUAAUGGUUUCUAAAAUAUGUUUUAGAACUUUACCGUGAUAAGAUAGCGUAAUACAUCGAAGACAAUAUAUUAAUAAAAAAGAAGGUGGUUUGAAGUUAAAACGCAUCAUUGUUAAGUUUUUGUACGAUUCACACGAUUCACACUUUAGAAAUUACUUCACACGUUCAAUACGAAAUUCGACAUUACUAUUUGUAUAACUUUAAUUUAUACAUACCGUAUGAAUUUAAUCAACCGAUGUGAAUACAAGGUUUACCUUGUACGCGAACAUUACGUAAAAGCUGUCAUAAUACUCAUAACACUCGCUAUGUUCAAUGUUCGACACGAUGUCGUAACUGUCAUUUUAAUCUGAUUUAAAGGUAUACGAAAUACCUGUUUUGCAACGUGUCAAUUAUAACGGCAGAGAUAUAUACCGUGUACAAGGGACGACGGCUUAAUGCUGUCUCAAACUCUGCAUUUUACGAUUCUGUGUAUUUGAUAAAUCAUGUCUCAAAGGAUGAUGCGCUAUUCAGUCGCGCGGUGAAGUACGAUGGUUGAUCUUUGUGUCACUAACAUUAUAGCGCUUGCAAAGUCGCGAAAGCGUUGAAACCAUCGAAUCACAACCUACGGUGUAUUUUAUUUGUAUCGUAAAUUUAAUGUAAAUACGCAGGAAAGAAAUUGUAGGUAUUUUGUGUAAAUGCAAUUGUAAAUAUAUUAUUCGAGCGAUAGCGUAAUCGCUUAUUAACGAUUGUCAUUCCGACAGCAGCGUGCACAAAACUAUCGUUUGUGAUCUCGUAGUAAUCAGUAAUCAUGUAAUAUAUUAAUGUAUCAAUAGUGUAUUCAUGUAUGGAAAUGUGUGUUUUUUAAGUUGCCGUCACACAGUAAUAUACAUAAAUUUACAUCAAUCAUUAGAAAUGUCUCUUCAUCUAUCGAACCGUCUCACGUCAUUUCUCCCCUUCGUUCAUUUCUCGCUAAUUUCGAAUUCGAAUAAAAACUAAGUCAAUGUUGUUCGCAUUGUUAGGAGACCCAGUCUCUGCUCAUGUUCACAUCGAAGAAACCGAACAAUGAUUCUUGCUAAUAAGAUUCUAUCAAUUGUUACACACAAAGGCACGAGAGUACCGGCUGGUACUUAUCUAUAGGUCAGCAAUGUGUGCGCGGUCAGUCGGUCGGUCGGUCGGUCGGCCGGUUGACUGUCAACUGAUUCACCUAUUUACAACGUUCAUACGUCUGGACGCACAUAUGCACAAGUAUUGUCCCGCGUAAUUAGGAUGUGGAAGUGUGCUACAACCAAUGCUUCGCAAAGUUCCAUGCGAAACAAACACGUCAAUGUAAU